GUCUCCCACAAAGGCAUCUGCUUCAGUCUGUCUCUUGCAGCACACACGGGCGGGGGUGGACGCCAGAUAGUAGCACCACCACCACAAGAAGAAGAAGAUGCUGAGGAGGAGGAGGAGAAGGAGCAUGCAGCAUCAGCAGCCCACCGUCUCUGUCUGUUGACGCGUGUUUGACAGCUCGGACCCCGUCUAAAGGUCGCGUGGUGUGGUGGGGAGAGUGAAGCCAUGGCCAGCGCACAGCCGGGGGUCCACGCCUUGAAGCUCCAGCCUCCAGCUGUGUCACACACCCUCAGGAACGGCAGCAACUUCAUCAAAUGGGACGAGGAUCUCUCCACUGUAACUCCUGUGACUCUCUACGUGGACCCUCAUGGACUGUUUCUAUACUGGACCGAUCAGAACAAGGAGACAGAGUUGCUAGACUUAACCCACGUGAAAGAUGUGCGGACGGGCAGAAGCACCAAAACAGCCAAGGAGGCUAAGCUGCGGGAGUUGCUGGACGUGGGCAAUCUGGUGGGCCGGCUGGAGAACCGCAUGGUCACCGUGGUGACGGCUUCUGACAUUGUCAACGUCAACCAGAUUAUCUUCAUCGCGUCUCAGGAGGAUGAAGCAAAGGUGUGGUCCGAGGAGCUCUUUUGUCUAUCUUCCAACCUGCUGAGUCACAAUUUGAACAGGGACCACAGUCUACUCAAAGCGUACGUGAAGUUGACACUACAGCCCAAUGGCGAAGGCAGAAUUCCCGUCAAGAAUAUUGUACGCUUGUUUUCGUCAGACAGGAAGCGAGUGGAGAACGCGCUGGAGAAUUGCCGACUUCCUUAUGGACGGGGCGACGCGAUCAAACUGGAGGACUUCACUCUGGAGGUGUACAAAAGCUUCCUGGAGCACCUUUGCCCUCGACCAGAGCUCGCCAACAUCUUUAAACUGCAGGGAGGCGACGGCGGUACCGUGUCAGUGGAUCAGAUGACAGACUUCAUCAAUAACAAGCAGCGGGACCCCAGACUCAACGAGAUCCUGUACCCACCUCUCAGGCCUGCUCAGACGCAGACACUCCUGGAAAGACACCAAAGCGACAAGAGGCUGCUGGAGCAGGGCCUGAUCUCAGUCCAGGCCUUUAGCAGUUAUCUGUCCAGCGAUGAGAACGGCGUCAUCCCCCCUGACAAACUGGACCAGUCGGAAGACAUGAGCUUCCCUUUGUCGCACUACUUUGUCAACUCCUCUCACAACACUUACCUGACAGCGGGCCAGCUGGCAGGAAGCUCCUCGGUUGAAAUGUACCGACAAGUCCUGCUGGCCGGAUGUCGCUGUGUGGAGCUGGACGUGUGGAAAGGUCGCACGGCGGAGGAAGAGCCCGUCAUCACGCACGGCUUCACAAUGACCUCGGAGAUCUCCUUCAAGGAGGUUAUUGAGGCUAUUGCAGAGUGCGCCUUCAAGACAUCUCCUUUCCCAGUCAUCUUGUCGUUUGAGAAUCACGUUGACUCUUUGAAACAGCAAGCAAAAAUGGCUGAAUACUGUCGAUCCAUCUUUGGGGACGCGUUACUGAUCGACCCACUGGACAAAUAUCCGCUGGAGUCAGGUACGCCGCUGCCAAGUCCUCAGGAGCUGAUGGGCAAAAUCUUGAUCAAGAACAAGAAAUCUCACAAAGCCUCCGUCAGCGGUGAUGUCAAGAGACUGACGGAGCAGCCGGCUAAUCAGGACCCUGAGCCUGUCUCUCUUAGCAACAAUACUACAGCUGAGAUGGAGGCAGAGAGCGAGGAAGACGAUGAUGAUGACGACGAUGACGGGAAAAAGGGCUCGUCGGAACGAGAGGCCGUGGCCACGGAGGAGAUGUCCACUCUGGUCAACUACGUACAGCCUACUAAGUUCAACUCCUUCGAAGUCUCCAAGAAAGCAGCCCGCUGUUACCACAUGUCGUCAUUUGUGGAGACCAAAGCUCUGGAGCACCUCACCAAGUCACCGGUGGAGUUUGUGGAAUACAAUAAAUCUCAGCUGAGUCGGAUAUAUCCCAAAGGAACCCGGGUGGAUUCAUCCAACUUCAUGCCGCAGCUUUUUUGGAAUGCUGGCUGUCAACUUGUGGCCCUCAAUUAUCAAACCAUAGAUCUGUCCAUGCAGUUGAACCUCUUCAUGUUCGAGUACAACGGCCGCAGCGGCUACAGGCUGAAGCCUGAAUUCAUGCGCCGGCCAGACAAACACUUUGACCCCUUCACGGAGAAUACGGUGGAUGGCAUCGUAGCCAACACACUCUCCGUCAAGGUUAUCUCAGGCCAGUUCCUUACGGAGCGCCGGGUGGGCGUCUACGUGGAAGUGGAGAUGUUCGGACUUCCUGUUGACACCAGGAGGAAAGCUCUGAAGACCAAAACCUCGCAGAACAACAAUGCCAUCAAUCCAGUGUGGGAUGAGGAACCCGUAGUCUUUAAGAAGGUGAUUCUUCCCACUCUGGCCUCGCUGAGAAUCGCUGCCUUCGAGGAAGGAGGGAAGUUUAUCGGCCAUCGCAUAAUUCCUGUGUCUGCCAUACGACCUGGGUAUCGUUAUAUUGGCCUGAGGAAUGAAAGGAACCAGUCUCUUAUUCUCCCUGCCAUUUUUGUCUACAUCGAAGUCAAAGACUACGUCCCUGAUACUUUCGCAGACGUGAUUGAGGCUCUUUCCAAUCCGAUUCGAUACGUCAACCUGCUGGAACAGCGUUCUAAGCAACUGGCUGCACUUACGCUGGAGGACGGAGAUGAUGAUGCGCAGACAGAGGAUGAGACCGACAGCUGUGUCGAUCGGAAAAAUGAUCCCAAGUCGCCAUUGGUGGAGAACGGGCUGAGCCCGACCACUGGACCCGCGGGCCACGCACCCGUCGCCGUGGCACCCAAGCCGUCUGUGGCCAGUCAGCAAACCGCUACGGCAGAUGUGGCCAAACCAACAGCAAAAACUGAAGAUUUGGUGUUAAGUGUUUUAAUCGACGUGCCCAUUGGCACGCUGGCUGGCUUGCAGCAGUCCAAAAUGUACCAGAAAGAGCAGCGGCGCCAGUUCAAGGAGCUGAAGGAACUAGUGAGGAGGCACCACAAGAAGACAUCAGAGCUCCUGCGAGACAUCAACAACAAGUACAAGAAGACGGCCAGACAGUGCAGCAAGAACAGGAGCUCGACGUCCGAGGAGCCCGAUGAACGUCUUCAGUCGCUGCGGGACGAGCAGCACGAGCAGCUGGUGGCACUCCGGCAGGAGCAGUACUACAGCCAGAAAUAUCUGCAGAGGGAACACAUUAAGACGCUGAACGAGCGACUUAGCAGCCUGGCUGAAGAGAAUCACAAUAUACGGAUGAAGAAACUAAAAGACAUCUGCAGCAAGGAGAAAAAGGAACUGAAAAGACAGAUGGACCGAAGAAGAACCGAGAAGAUCAACCUAGCGAAAACCAAGGAGAAACAUCUGGCAGAAGAAGAGAAGAUGGAGAUCAAUAAGUCGUAUGUCAACGAAGUGGUGCAGAACAUCAAACGGCUGGAGGAGACGCAGGCCAAGCGGCACGAGCAGCUGGUGGAGCAACACAAUCAUCUGCUGCAGGAGAUACAGGAGCUCAAACCAAAGCUGCAGGGUGCCAUCGAGGCAGAGUUUCAAGAGAAGUUCGACCGUUUGCCCGGUGAGAUUCGAGACUUCCUGCAGGACAGGAGGCCAGAGGUCAGAGGUCACAGCAAAUCUCGACCGUCCACCCCCAACGAGAUUCUCUCCGAAGACGACUGAGAAUGUUAAAAGGACGAAGAAGUGAGACUGUUACUUUGUGUACAGGGAAGACUUUCAUCAUUUGGUUUGAUCAAGCAUGCACUUUGAUGUACCUCAACGUUACAUACCAUUCAUUAAGUUGCCUUUCCUUUAAACCUUUCUACUUUUCUGUCUUCCCUCUUUUCUUAACAUUCCACCUACACAAUCUUUUUUUUUAAAGGUCCUGUCAGGACAUAUCUAAACCCUGCUUUUUGGACCUUCAACUGGUUGACGCAUGUUUGAAUUCUGAUCUGUUUAAUAUUCUCUUCAUAUCUUCUUCAACUCUAUUUUAAGACAGCAGACUAAUUUUCAUGGUUGACUUUUUGGGGAAGUGUCUAUCAUAUCCAGAAACAGCACGUGCUUUUGAUUUUCUUUUCUUUGCAUGAAGGUUGAUGAUGCUGCACUUAUUCAAAUAAUGCAAGGUUGCAACAUUCUAAUGCUGUUUUUGUCACUUCGACUGUUAGCCUCAUCUACUUGUGUCUCGUUGCUGCAUACGCACAGGCUAAUGAGACUUUGGAAUGAUGUCAUUUCUUUGAAAACAAUAUUUUAAGAUGAUCUGAUUCUUCUUAGUGGUAGCGGCAGCUUCUUCUCUGCAUGAUUGGUUGAUUUUGAGGUACGAGUUAACUGACAUGGCAGCCAUCAAUUCAAAAGUGAUUUCUUCAUGGUGUGAAUAAGGAUCAACAAAUGUUAUUUAUAGGGAUUGAUUUUUGUAUUAAAAAGGAAGAUGAUGAAGAAAAAAGUGAGGUUUUUGUACAGUGUAUGUAUUUUAACUCAUUCCUCCAACCUUUUUCAGGGAUUUUUUUGGACUGUCCCAUUGUGUUUACUUGUCACAUCUAAAUAUACCAGUACUCAUUUACUUAAAAACACAUUGCUGACUUAAAGCUGAAAGCACUGGGUUGAUGGAUGAUUCAACGGAGCAUGCUUUGCUUUUUAAUUAUUCUGUUUUGAUUGGAUCGUAUUUCAAAACCACAUGGACCGUUAUUAAAAUGUUUAAC